AUGAAAGUUUUAUUAUUUGCUUUAGUUUUCGCUGUGAUUUUGAUUGCUGUUUCUGGAAGAGAAUGUCCACUUUGCAAGAAUGGAGACACUGAUGACUGGAACUGUACAUGUUCUGGAAGGAAACUCAAAGAUAAUUGUUCGGGUGCUGGAUUAGGUAUUGGCGCUGUACAAUGUUUGGUAGCACGAUAUUGUUGCCUUUUCCCACAAAUCGGAAAAAGAGAAACUUAA